UCGCGUGUACUUUUUAAAAGUCGGCAGCAGGAAAUAGAAGAAAAACUCAUUGAGGAAGAAACAGCACGAAGAGUGGAAGAGCUGGUAGCAAAGAGGGUCGAAGAAGAACUGGAGAAGAGGAAGGAUGAGAUUGAGCGAGAAGUCCUCCGCAGGGUGGAAGAGGCCAAGCGCAUCAUGGAAAAGCAGUUGCUCGAAGAACUCGAGCGACAGAGACAAGCUGAGCUUGCAGCACAAAAAGCCAGAGAGAGGAAGCUGGCGCGUAUGGCAGCCGAGGAGCACACUCUGCAGGACACUGGACAAGACAGAGGAAGAGCGAGCAAAGCGUGAGGAGCUGGAGCGGAUAUUAGAAGAAAAUAACCGGAAAAUCGCAGAAGCACAGGCCAAACUGGCUGAAGAACAGUUGAGAAUUGUUGAAGAACAAAGAAAGAUUCAUGAGGAAAGGAUGAAACUAGAACAAGAGCGACAGCGUCAACAAAAAGAAGAACAAAAAAUUAUCCUGGGCAAGGGGAAGUCCAGGCCAAAGCUGUCCUUCUCAUUAAAGACCCAGGAUUGAAUGGCAAACUGAACUUUUUACAAAGAAAAAUGAAAAACUUUGUAUUGUAGCUUCAUGUUGAAGUGGUUUUUUGUUUUUGUUUGUUUUUUUCUUUUUUUUUUUUAAUUUGGAAAAUCUGGAAAGUUAGCUUGUUCUAAUAGGGGCUAUGCUCUGCAAUCCCUUUAUUUUCCCCCUUCCUUUUCCUCCAUGACAUCGAAUCCUUAUCAGAUCAUUGCUGUCUUCUAGAAGUGGUGUAUUUUUCACCUUUGGGAUUCUGUACUGUUUGGUGGUCUGCUAAGAGCAGGUCACUUGGUGACUAGCUGGUCUGGUAAGGUGUUCACUGACCACUGUUUACUACGUCAUAAUGCUGGUUUUGCUGACUUUUUGUUUUUUUAUACAUUUAUAAAAAAAGAAAAAGUUGGUGAUUGCAUUACAAAAUUCCCAGAGUUUGCUGGCCUGUGUGUGGUGUGUUGUCACAGCAGUGUCCUUGUGGCACUGUGGCCCUUGGUGUUCCCGAGAACAGGUAAGGAUAACAGGUGGUCGCCUGCUACAGAAGCACCUGCAGUGCAGUAUUGUCUCUGUUGGACUUUUGUUUCUUUAUUGACGAAAUCAAACCAGCAUUCCCCACUGUAAAUAAAUGAUUUUGCUGAAUAAAGUAAAGUCUUAAAUUCA